AUGAAGAAAGCGCAUAUUGUGCUGAUUCCGAAGGUGAAAGAUAGCAAAAAUCCUCAAAAUCUAAGGCCGAUCACUCUGAUAAAUGCUAUAUACAAACUGUUUGACAAAUUGGUGGCUGAGAGACUACGCAGAGAUAUCACAGAAAAGAAUAUCAUUCACCCUUCUCAAGCGGGCUUCAUCUCAGGCAGAAACUGUACUGAGCACAUCUUUAGCCUUCAAACCAUAAUAGCGCUCAGAGAAAAAAUGUCAAAGCCAACGUAUUGUGCAUAUCUAGACCUAAAAAAGGCCUUUGACUCGGUACAUAGAGAUCUGCUUUUUAAAACAAUGCUGGAUAGAGGCAUCGAUUCAAAACUGGUUGCGAUAAUUCAAGAAAUGUACAAAGACGAAAGCAGCUCAAUCAUCAUAAAUGGCCGUUUAAGCAAAUGGAUCAGUAUAAACAAGGGAGUCAGACAAGGAGGCUGCUCAUCGCCAUUAUGUUUUAAUUUUAUACCGAACGAGUUAGCCUGAGAAUUAGAAAAUAAAAAGCUUGGUGUUGCAAUUCCUGGAGGGCAACGAUUGGGCUUCUCCUGUAUGCGGAUGACGUAG